AUGAAAUUUCUCAAAUCGUCACUAUCUAUUAAAAUUUGAACCCAAGAAGGAGCAAAGAUAAUUCAAGAGAAAUAUGAAUGAAUUGACAGUGCUUUCUUAAUUUAUGAUGAUCUUUUAAAUGAAGUAAAACUAGUAGAUCAGGUUCAAAAUCACCAGAAAUAGAAAUGUCCAUGCAUUGAUCAUUAAGACCUUUGAAAAUUAUAUGAUAUGCCAAAAUAAUGACAUCUCUUUGGAUGAAGACUUUAAAGACCUAACCAAAUUUAGCUGGCAAUGAAUCACUGAUGCAAAAGAAACUUCAGGCUAUUUGCUAUCUGAGGAUGAAAUCAUCCGAAUUGGAGAUUGUGUCAUUCGAGUCAGAAAGAUGCUUAACGAAUUAAAUGUUUCAGCCAAGGUUUCUAACUUUUAUAUGGACUCUGAGCCUGAUAAUUGGAGCUCAUUUCAAAAAUAGUAGCUUCGAUAGUCAUUCAAUGUUAAAAAUGCACCUCAGAAAAAGCCAUAAGGAGGAGACCAAGGUAGAGGAUUAUCCUAAUACUGUUGCUAAGAGACCCAGAAAAGAACUAAGCUUAGUUUCUUUUGGCCAAAACUCAUUCAUCGAAGAGGAAGAAAUUGAGGACCUCAAGUCUGAAAUGGGUGCUCAAAGAUCUAUUUCUAACUUCAUUUUACCUGUGGAAGAGAUUAUGUGAAGAAUUUGUUUGAGCAUUGAGAGCAACAACAGUAGCAAUCCUUUGUUCAGUCCCUGAAAAUGUAAGGGAUCAAUGAAAUACGUUCAUUACAAGUGAAUGCAAAACUGGCUGAACACUAAGAAAAGGGUCCAGAGAUCUUUAUUCCAUGUUUCUUAUUACUGGAAACUUAGCUCCUGAGAAGUCUGUAAACAUCAGUUUGACACAGAGGUUGUGCAUAACGAUAGAGUUCUUCAGCUGCUUUCUUUUAAUGUUCCAGAGAAAGAAAAUGAUUAUAUUAUACUCGAAGUGCUCAAUUUUAACAAAGUUAAAUCAAUUCAUGUUAUUAAUAUAGAUCACAGAGACAGACUCUUUAGAAAGGCCAAGAUGGAAUUCUAUAUUGGUCGAGAUAAGAAUUUCGAUAUUUUUAUACCUGAUAUCAGCAUUGAGAAAAAUUAUGCCAAAAUAGAACUUUCGGAAGGAAAAUUUUAUCUCAAAAAGGGAAUUGCAAGUUCGAAAAUAUAUGCAUUAAAUUUUGAUCCAGUUACAUUUGAUAGUCAUGGUUUAAGCGGAAUAAAAAUAAAUGUUCAUGAUAGAACAGUUAUAUUUGAGAUUAAAAAGAAGGGGCUACUCUGUUGCUUCCCUUGAAUUUAUUCAACCCCAACCCAAAUUGGAAAGCCAAUAGAAGACAUACAACACAACACCCCAUCCUCUCUAUUCACCUCAUUAUUCCAAAAAAUUCCUUCGAAUCCUCUCCAAUCAAGAGACCACUCAAUCGAGCCUUUGGACCUCCUACCCCAAAUCUCGCCGUUCCAAAACACUCGAAACUCUCACGGAAUAUGCCCCAAAAAUCUUCCUAAACCUCCAAAGCCUCAUAAUAAUUACAAACUUAUAUAAAGGAGCUACACAUUUGCCUCCUUUUAUUUGAGCAUAAAAAAUGCAGAACUAAUAACUAACCAUAAAGAAUUUAUAUAUA